AUGGCUGAAGUGAUCUGGGCCAAGACUGGCGGCAGAUGGUCGACGUCGCGAGAGAGGGGGAGAGAGAGAGAGAAAGUCAGGUCAAGUCGAGUUGGAUGGACUUGCAGCGGGAGGGGGCGGGAGAAGCGAAACAAGUUGACCAAAGCUGGAAUGGAAGAUAAACGGUCAAGGCGAAGUGGGAGGAAUGGAAGAGAAAAGCCAGCGUGGGACGAACUGGGGAGAAAAGCUGAAGAAGAUUCCGAAUGGGCAGAAGAGAAGAAACAAGGUACAGAGCGAGGAGAAAAGAAUGGAAGAAGCUCGCAGGUGAGGUUCCGGGGGAAUGAGAAGGGAGCGGGGAGUGAGGGUAAUAUUUCAGAUUUAGAGAGGGAGGAGGGAUAUUGCCGUAUUGAAGAAGGAACACGGUCCUACUCCCACACCCACAUAUCCCUCGCACUUGCACUUACACUGGCAGUCCAGGGAGGGACUACCUUGCCUCCACAGAGAGAGCAGUGCAACUUACCUUACCACGGUGGCUUACCCACAUGCAGAAAGGACGGGAGGACGUGGGCCAGAAGUCAUGGCAGGGGCCAACCGAUCCGAUGGGAUCAUGGGAUGGAAGGCACUGUUGGCCCCGUAUGA